AUGGAAAAAAAGAAUGAACCUCUUAAAAAUAACGACGAUAUCGUGAUCGAUCAAUCUAUUACCAACACAGUAGAGUUAAAUGACAAUAAUAACAAUAAUAACUUUAGAUUCAUAGAUGGCCGAAAAUUUUAUAAUAUUAAAAAUUCUAAAUAUCCAAUGCCUAAUGAUAAUAAAGAACAUGAAAGGUUAAAUUAUCAACAAGCAAUUUUUAGACGUCAUUGGCAAGGAAAUUUUUCUUCUCCUGUCAAACAGGUGUUAGCAAAUAGUAAGAAUAAAGCUAAAGUCCUUGAUGUUGGAUGUGGUUCUGCUUCUUGGAUAUUCGACAUGGCAAAUGACUACCCAGACGCCACAUUCAUAGGUUUAGACAUAUUACCAAAUCAUCCAGAACUAACAAAACUAUCCAACGCUUCUUAUGUCCAACAUAAUAUUCUCGAUGGUCUUCCAUUCGAAGACAAUACAUUCGAUUUUAUACAUCAACGAUUUUUAGGCAGUUCCUAUCAAAAGCAAAAGUGGAUGUUUGUUAUUAAUGAACUUGUUAGAAUUUUGAAGCCUGGUGGAUACUUGGAAGGUGAAUUGGAAAAUAUUCAUCAUGAAGAAAAGAAUCUUAUGUAUGGAAAAAAUUCAGGAGAGCUUGGACAAAUGGCUGGUAAUGCUGCUAAAAUGUUUUGUGAAGGGUUGAAACCAGCACUUGCACCAAUUUUGAAAAUUUCUUCUAAAGAGCUUGAUGAUUUAUUUGAAUCUAUUGCAAAAGAAAUAAAUGAAUUGGAUUGUUAUAAAAUUUUUUUUCGCGUCUAUGCGAGUAAAAAAUAA